GUUCCCCCCCUCUUAUUCCUCCCCAUCCCUCCCUCCUGACCUGAGAUGCUGCCCAGCCUUCGAACAGUCCUGCGGCCUGCCUUCUCCCUGACAGCCGGGAGCGGGCGAGCUAGAGCCGGGUUCAGAAACCACCGAACGCCCGCCGGAGCCCCGCUGCCCGCGCUGCUUCAGCGCUGUUACAUGGGCACGCACCCUCUGAAGGAGCCCGUGGAGCCCCUCAACUCACCCCGGGGAGCCAAGGAGUUCAUCUACAGCCUCCACCCGUCUGAGCGCACGUGCCUGCUGCGAGAGCUGCACAGGUUCGAGUCCAUAGCCAUAGCUCAAGGGCAGCUGGAAGUAUCACCACCUACUUCAGCCCAGUUAAGAUACGUUCUGCUGCACAACGCCAUCCCUUUCGUUGGGUUUGGAUUCCUGGACAACUGCAUCAUGAUUGUUGCUGGCACACAAAUCGAGUUAUCUAUCGGCGUUAUUCUCGGCAUUUCUACUAUGGCAGCUGCUGCACUUGGCAACCUGGUAUCAGAUUUGGCAGGACUAGGUCUGGCAGGUUACGUGGAAGCGUUGGCGUCUCGGCUGGGGAUGCAGAUUCCUGAUCUGAGCCCGAAGCAGGCCGACAUGUGGCAGACCAGAGUCAGCUGUCACGCGGGUAAAGCCAUUGGCGUGGGCAUCGGCUGCCUCCUCGGGAUGUUCCCUCUGCUCUUCUUCUCUGACGAUGAGAAGAAAGAUGGCCAAACGGAGGCGAAGGAGGAGAAGCAGCCACCGCUGGCUCCGACUGAGAGCACCAAAAACUAACAAACCCCUCCAGACUGUAGGAGAUCCAAAACUCUGAGCUCUGAGCGAUCAUCUCCUCUCAGACUGGAGCGUUUGGAAAACAGGCAACAUAACUGAGCACCUCCAUAAGAGACUGUCCAAGGUUUGUCCAGGAGGAUUUUUAGACUCUGAACUUGAGCACAGAUGAGGAGACAACUCUGGAAGAAACAUGGCUGCUAACUGAUGCACCUCAUCUCAUCCUAACAGACUGACCUGGACUCGAAAACACUUCAUGAACUCCGACCCAGGAGCCUCAGGCGGCGAAGUGGUCUGACUGAAAGUUUGAGGACUCUUUAAUGUGUUACAACAAAUGUUACAACUAAUACAUUAAAAUAAAAAAAGCUAAUUUAACACAUAAAA